CUUCAGACUCCACCAGAGGGUCAUCAACGACAGAAGACACCCGGCCACAUGUCGACGACGACACCCUCCAAACUCCCACUCCAACCCACCAGCAUGAACAACUUGCCGCCAAACUCCCCUUCCACAGCGACGACACAACCCUUUCACUCUGGCAUCCCCGCACCGACCAGCUCGAAACUACCUCGGUUCCUCUCUUCCCCGCUGAAACCCGUCGUCGAUGCCCUGUCAGCUUCUGUCUCCAGCUUGACCUCUUCGACCACCCGGAAACCCAAGGUCGAACUGGGCGACGUGGAUGUGGACGUGAAACCGAGCGCGAAUCCGGGCAAGGAGAAUGGCGAGGCCGAGGAGGAUGUGACGGUUGCAGGAGCCGCAGGUGUCGGGGCGAGGAAACGCAAAGGACCUCCUCUGGACGAUCAAGAAGACGAUGUCAAACCUCGUCUCGACCGACGACCUGCCCCACCGGGAACUAGACGACCGAUGAUGAGCUCCUCGACUACCGUACGACCGGGAACUUCGGCCUCGAAUUCCAGACCGGGGAGCUCGACGGGGUUCGUGCCCACCUCUCGUGCAGCUUCUACUGCCACAGCGGGUCGUCGUCCACUCUCCGCAUCGAUGUCGACGACGACGACCACGAGCCGGCCCUUGCCGUCCUCGUCCGCUUCCUCUUCAGCGCUUCCCGGUCGAAGACCACUCAAUGCGUCGACGACCACCUCGGGAGCACCGGGGUUGAAUAGGACCCGGACGGCAUCCAGCUCCAACCUCCGGGCGGGUUCGAGUAUCGUCACCACUGCGGGUACGAGGAGGGUACCGGCUGGUGCUGCUACCGGAUCCAGAGCCGGAGCGAGAGCUAGAACGGCAGGGGGAACGGGUGCCGGCGUGGGUGUGAGUGCGGUCUCAGGGUUGGGUGGGAGCGUUGCGGGUGGGAGGGGAGUUGGACAGAUGCAGAUACAGUAUGACACGGGGAGGAUCGAUCAGGUGGAGAAUAUGGUAGCGAAGAUGCACGAGAUGAUGCAGCUAGAGCAACAGAAAGUCUCAAAACUCCACACAUCACAGACAGAAUUACAGACCCUGCUUCAGUCGACCCAGAACACCGAACGUGAAGCCCGCCGGAACCUCUCGACGGCGGGCGAGGAGAUCGCUGCCCUGCGUGAGAAACACAGGAGCGAGCUGGACGAUGUCGAACGUCAGCUCGCCAAGCGGGAAAGGGAGCGACGGGACCUCGAGGACGAUCUGAGGGCUUGUCGGGCCGAUCUGGAAGAAGCUAGGGGACAGGUCAGGGACGUCAAGGCGGCUCUGAACGCCCAGGCGACCGCUCAGAUCACAAUGACCGCCGAAGUCGCCACGUUACGUGAGCAGAACCGGGCUUUACAACAGGAGGUGGAGCAGAAGACGGGAUCCAUGUUGGAAAUGAAGAUCAAGGCGGACCAGGCGGACGAGCGGGUCAGGGAGAUUCAAGAAGAUCUCCGGGCGGCCGAGACGAUCAGGAGGAAGCUUCACAAUCAGGUCCAAGAACUCAAAGGCAACAUUAGGGUGUUCGCCCGGGUCCGACCGGCUAUUGGGUCCGAGCUUGAAGUCGAGGACGCCCUGGCCGAGAUCGAAUACGCGCAAAAGGGUCAACUCACCUCGUCUGGUCAACAACAGCUCACGAUCGCGAAAGUGAGAGAUAGCGCUGUGGGAGCCACGAGAAAGGAGACGGUACCCUUCUCGUUUGACAAGGUUUUCCAGCCGAACGAUGGGCAGCACGAGGUGUUUGAAGAGAUUUCGAUGUUGGCGCAGAGCGUGUUGGAUGGGUAUAAUGUAUGCAUUUUUGCUUAUGGACAGACGGGUAGUGGAAAGUCGUGGACGAUGGAAGGUGGCAAGACCGCCAACACGGCCGGGAUGAUCCCCCGUGCAAUUCACAUGAUUUUUACCGAAACCGAGGCCCUCAAAGAGCGAGGGUGGAGGUACCAGAUGUACGGCCAGUUCGUCGAGAUUUACAAUGAAAAGAUCAACAACCUGUUCGGGACCGCCAACGAUCAGACCGAACACAAGAUCGAACAUGAUGAGAAAAAGGGAACCACGACGGUGACUGGAAUCAACCCUAUCCGCCUUGAAACGCCUGACCAGGUCCAUUCGCUUCUCGCCCGAGCUAGCAACUUGCGAUCGGUCGCAGCGACCAACAUGAAUGAGCGAUCGUCCCGAUCGCAUUCCGUCUUCUCGCUGCGGGUGAAGGGCGAUAACCCGCUCACGGGAGAGAACUGCGAGGGAGUCUUGAACCUAGUCGACUUGGCUGGGUCUGAGCGAUUGGACAAGGCCGGAACGGGAGAGCACAAGGACAGGAUGAAGGAGACUAUCAACAUCAACAAGUCAUUGUCCAGCUUGCAGAACGUCAUCCAAAAGCUUUCCGAGAAGAGCACCAAUGACAAGGCGCACGUCGGGUACAGGGAUAGUACCUUGACCAACCUCCUCAUGUACUCGUUGUCAGGUCAUAGCAAGACACUCAUGUUCUGCAACCUGUCCCCGAUGGCCGCUCAUACCAACGAGACCUUGAAUAGCUUGCGAUUUGCUACUAAGGUCAACAGCACGACAAUCGGUACGGCCAAACGACAGGCGAGGUCAUCGUGAUCAAACAUCAGUCUUCGUCUUUUCGCUGUUUCCGUAUAACAAGGUGUCGAGUCUUGCUGAGAAGCACCUUACAGAGUCAUCUUGAUCCGAUGUAGACAUUUUGUAUGACAAUAAUGAACAACAGA